AUGGCAAAUACGCUAGCGAGUCGAGCAACACAGCCUCGUCUCCUCUACAGUUACAUUGCUCAACCACAUUUCUAUAGCGAUCACCAUCAUCCAGACCGCCAAAAUACCCCGGAUGGGCCCAUUUCCAUCGCGUUCACGAGAUCGAGCCGUCGAAGUAUCCACACCAAUAAUGACCUGGUGAAGGGCGUUGUCCACGUCAAAUCACAAACCAGAGUCAAAUACGUCACCAUAAGCUUUGUUGGCAAAACGACCUGUCGCAUUGCGAGCGAGCGCAAUCCUGCAAACCAGCAUAUCUCCGAAGUCGAGCUGUUUUGCCAAGAGCAAACGUUAUCGAGGAGGGUAACCCCCAGCGCAACCUGUCCCCCUUCGCGGGUAGAGUACCCCUUCGAAUUUCGAUUUCCAGAAGCAGUGCCAAAUGCUACGAAGCUGCAGAAUGAUACGCCAUUCCGACCAGAUCCUCUUUUUGAGCACGAGAGUGGUCAUCCCCUUCCACCGUCGCUAUGGUGGAACGAGAGCACGAUAUGUAACGAGUACUUUCUGAGAGCACAGUUCGUCACGGAGCAAGCUUCAUUCACACUUAGUCCCGUUGUUGUGCAGCAACUCCGCUUUAGCCCGUCGGUUCCGGAGCAAGGUCUAUCGCCUACAGCUGCUCUUGUACCAGCACCACCAAUACGUUUUGAGCGUAGAUCGAGACCAUCAACUCCAGAUCCAUCUAAGCAGCGGCGUAACUCGCUGCGACGGCUCAAGUCGGGCCUGCGUGGUGGGGGGAAAGAAGAAGAGAUAUCCUCGACGUCGCUGUUAGUACUCAGUGCACCCCCAGAGUAUCGCGUUGGUGCUGCCAGCACGAUCAAGCUAUCACUGCAAGCAACGCUAAGCGACGGUGGUACACAACCAGCACCCGUGUAUCUUCGUGGCAUCCGCGCACAAGCAAUGACACACAUCAACUUCCGAGUCCCGCUAGCAUCUGCACCAAAUGGAGAGAUACGCAAAGAGAGCGUCGAAAAGUUCGACCUCUUCAAUCAGCGAUACAGUAAACCUGGAAUAGAACUCACUUUGGAUACCAUCUUGGAGGGUUUUGAGAUCAACAAGAUUGUGCCCCCCACAUUCAAAACAUACGGUAUCGCACUUCACUAUGACGUCAAGUAUGACCUUUUGCUCGAAUGCGCGGGCAAAGAGUCGGAGCAUGAGAUUGAUGUCGAUAAUGUGGUCAUCGAGCCGAUGACAAGGCCUGGUGGGCAUCUUGGGCCGCCGGAUGAGAUGCCGCCAGUAAGCGGCUCGGAUGAGAGCUUCAUAUUGGAGGAAAUGCUCCGGGAUGGUGAGCGUGUAGCGGAACAACCACCGCCCUAUUACAGAUAG